AAAAAAUUCUAUCCAUUUCCAGUAAUUAUCAUGAUACAUACAAGUAACAAUUUCGAGCCAAGAUUUAGAACGACUUCGACUUGUUAUAGAAUAAGAACAUGUAUCGAAUCGAAAAAAUACGGACUCUAUUUAUAGAGUACAGCGUAUCAAUUCCAAGAGUAAGAAACAUGCAGUGCUCCAGAAUCUCAACCGUCAAAUUCAACAAAAUUCUGAUUGCGAAUAGAGGGGAGAUAGCAUGUCGUGUUGCAAGAACUGCCAAAAAACUGGGAAUACAAACUGUAGCAAUAUUCAGCGAGGCAGAUCGUGAUUCCAUGCACGUAAAACAAGCAGAUGAAGCUUACUGCAUUGGUCCUGCGCCUUCCAGUCAAAGUUACUUGCGGCAAGAGAAAAUUAUAUCCAUAGCAAGAGAAUCAAAAUGUCAAGCGAUACAUCCUGGUUAUGGAUUUCUUUCAGAAAAUGUAGAAUUCGCAGAAGUUUGCGACAAAGCAAACAUUAUAUUUAUAGGACCACCAGCAAAUGCAAUAAAAAAUAUGGGAAUAAAGAAUGUUUCAAAAGCUAUAAUGAUCGAAGCUGGAGUUCCUGUGAUAAAUGGAUAUCAUGGAGAUGAUCAAUCCGAUGAAACUUUACUACAAAAAGCAAAAGAGAUAGGUUUUCCGCUAAUGUUGAAGGCUGUACGCGGUGGAGGAGGAAAAGGAAUGAGAAUCGUCUUAAAAGAAUCAGAAUUUGCAGAGGCUUUACAGGGUGCAAGAACUGAGUCCGAGAAAGCAUUCGGCGAUUCGGCUAUUUUGAUCGAACAAUAUGUUAGCGAUCCAAGACACAUAGAAGUGCAAGUUUUCGCUGAUAAGCAUGGGAAUGUUGUGCAUAUGUUUGAAAGGGAUUGUUCAGUUCAAAGAAGACACCAAAAAAUUAUCGAAGAAGCUCCUGCACCUGGAAUCUCAAGGGAAUUGAGAUUAAACUUAGGUAUGACCGCAGUUCGUGCUGCAAAAGCAGUAGGAUACGUUGGCGCGGGUACUGUCGAAUUUAUAAUGGAUCGCCACAAAAACACCUUCCACUUCAUGGAAAUGAAUACGCGGCUUCAAGUGGAGCAUCCUGUCACAGAGGCAAUUACAGGAUUGGAUCUUGUCGAAUGGCAAUUACGAGUUGCGAUGGAAGAAGAACUCCCAUUGAAACAAGAACAAAUAAAUUUAAAUGGACACGCAUUUGAGGCGAGGAUUUACGCUGAGAAUCCAAGGAAUGGUUUCCUACCAGGGGCUGGACACCUGUCGUAUUUAAGAAUUCCAGAAGUGUCAGAAACGGUCAGAGUCGAGACUGGAGUUCGCGAAAAAGAUGAAGUAUCGGUACACUACGAUCCAAUGAUCGCAAAGCUGAUUACGUGGGGAAAAGAUAGGGGAGAAGCCCUGGCCAUACUCGGAUCAAAGCUAAACGAAUAUAAUAUAGCUGGACUCGAUACCAACAUAGAAUUCAUCAAGGAUUUAUGUUCUCAUCCUAGUUUUCAACAAGGUCAAGUACAUACAGGAUUCAUAAAUGAACAUUAUGAAGAUCUGUUUCCCAAAUUACAAGUGCCAAACGAAGUUGCGGUACAAGCUGCUCUUGCUUCGAUAUUCUACGAAGAUAUGGACUCUUUACGAUAUUCUCUUGCAACCUCCGAUCCUUUUAGUCCAUUUGCAACCGAAAUUGGAAUGAGAUUACAUCACACUUUAACACGGACAUUUCGUUUUAACGUUUACGGCAAAGAUAUAGAAAUUGAAGUAAGAUACAUCAAGCCAGACGUCUAUCAUAUGAGGAUCAAUAAAAUUGGUCCUUGGAGAAAGGUAACAGGCGCAUUGGAAAAGAAGAAGAACAGAAUGGAACUAUGCGUUGAAGUCGAUAACUGGAUCACCAGGACGACAGUAGCCAAAAUUCAUAACAAAUUACAUUUAUUUACUAAGGAUCGCGAGUGGCAAUUUGAAGCACCCACUAUGAAAUUUCUUUCCGAUGCUUCGUCUAAAAAUGCUGAUAAGGAUCUAAGCAAAUCUCUGAGUCCCAUACCAGGCUCCAUAGAAAAGAUACUCGUCGCAAAGGGAGACGUUGUAAAGACUGGUGAUGCUUUGAUCGUUAUUAACGCUAUGAAGAUGGAGCACACCAUUAGGGCGUCCAUAAAUGGAACAGUCGAAGAAAUAUUCUGUUCGAUAGGCGAUAAUGUACCAAAGAACGAAGUUCUCGUUAAGUUGACCAAUCCUGAGUCUUGAGGUGCAAGAUACAAAAUGAUUUAAUUAAGAAUAGUUCGAGUAUAUUUUUAACGAAUUUUUUAUGUAAAUACGUGUAUGUAAAUAUAUAUUUCUGUAUGAAUUAAAUAAUUCAAAA